AAUAUUAGAUGUCUCAAUGUCUGUUCUCACUAUGCAAUGUUUAUUGUUUUUAAGGUUGGAAACUUAUAAACAUAAUGGUUGAAUAUGAUGUUAUCAAAGGGUUUUGUCUGAAUUGUUUAAAAUUUAAUCGUUUAAAAUUAAACAAAUAUCCAGAUUAAAAAGUUCAAAAUUUAUUGUGUAGGGAAAUACUUAAAGAUGCCCAGAACUAAGAAGCAAUUUCGCAAAAGAUUGAAAUCAACAACAUCCAGUUCAGAAAUUAAAAUCUCUGUGUUAAAUGGUGAACCUUAUCAGCCAACAUUCAAUGGAUGGGCCACUGAAAGUAUUACAUUUGAUAAGCUGUUGAGAUUUAAAAAGCAGGUAAAACGUAUUGAAAUUGAAGUGGAGACAGCUGAAGAUGUUAUAAAUGAAGUUAAAUCAUGUUUUGAACUCUUUGAGAAGGCUGCAUUAGAAAUGAAGUUGAAGGACAUGAUUAAUAGUUUCCCAAGUUUCACAGAGGAUUUAAUUGAAGCAGCGAUUUUUAUCUCUGAAUUCAGUUAUGAUUCAGAUGAUGAGAUGUUAGAUACAAGCAUAGACGAUAUAGCAAACAGAAGCACUGGUAAAAAUGAUUUAGAAUUCAAUAAAAAUAACUUUGGUGAUUGUGAGAGUAUUCAUAGUAAUGGGUCGUGGAGUCAUGAACCAUGUGAGAUCUUAGAAGAAAGACAUGAUGGGUCAUUUGUUGAGGAAUUGGAAUCUAUUGCAUCUUCAGUUCAUGAUUUAAUAAAAACGAAUUAUGAUGAUGAAAAACUCAAUCAAUGGCCAGUGGUUGUUCUUUCAAGCUUGAAUGUUUUAAACACAAUCAAGAACAGUGAAGAUGAGACAAACAUAACACAAAAUAGCUGUUACGUGGAGGAAGAGUUAGAGAAAAGUUCUGUACAUACACAGUCUCCAGAUAACUUCAGUGAAAAUAAUAUGAAAUCAGAGGAGGAAGAAAAUUUAACUCUUGUUUGUGAAAAAAGCGAUGAGGAACAGCACUGUAAAAAUGAGGUUGAAUGCAGGUCAAGAAUCAAUAAUGAUAUAAUGCAUAAUACACCAAUUGUUAGAAGGAAGAGAACAAAAUUAAAACCAAACUUAAAAGAUGACAUAAAAAAUCACUCUAAAAAUGUUAAAAACAGAUCAUUGAAAGAAAGAAAAAUAAACUCAAGAAAAACGCUUGAUUGUGUAAAACAAAGUGUUACUAUAGUGAAAAAAUUAAACAGUGAAAUAAGAGUGUUAGAGAACUCAGAGACCAAGAAGCAUGAAGAAACUAUUGAUACAUUUCUGGAUGCAGUAAGCGAAGUAACAAAUGUUUCCCAGAUCCUCUCAUUAGUAAAAAGGAAAUUUACCUGUAUGUAUUGCAAAUUGUCAUUUAUACAAAAAGGAACUUUAGCCAAACACUUAAAAAUUUGUUCAAUGAGAGAUGAUAGGUUGAAUUGUAGGAAAAAGAAAAAAAAAACAGAAGGAGACGAAUCAUGUAUAUGUAAGUUAUGUGGUGCCUGGUUGAAAUUUAAAAAGAGUAUACCAAGACAUAAUGAAAUGGUUCAUAAUCUAGUGAGGUCUCACAUAUGUGUGGUUUGUAAUUGGGGUUUCUACAACGAACGAUCUCUACAGCAUCAUGUCAUGUCGAGACACGGUCUGAGUUUAACUGAGCAUAUGAAGUGUCCCUACUGUGAUUGUGCAUUCAGACGAAGAGAUGAUUUAAGGACACACUGUCGGAAACACAAGGCACCAUAUUUUCUGUGUUCUAUAUGUUUUAAGACCUUUUCAGAUGAGUCUUUGUGGAAAGCUCAUGAGCAGGAUCAUGGGUUUAUGUGUGAUGUUUGUGAUUUCUUCACUCGGGACAAAGAGGAAAUUGCCACGCAUAAGUUGACUCACUUACAGUUAAUAACCUACAAGUGUGAUGUGUGUUCAAAGUUGUUCAACAAAAAACGGUUUGUUACUAGACAUAUGAAGCAAGUCCAUAUGAAACGACAAUGUUAACUGUAAAUCAAGAUUGUUGUUACUUGUAAAAAUUAUUGGUUGUUACAUUAACCCUUCAAUGUGAGUAAUUUCACAAGCCCACCUAGUCUGUUGCAGGAACUUUCCACCUUGCGGUCACUGCAACAGCCAUUCAACUAUUUGGCUAUCUAAAGGGUUUUUCAUAUUGGGGGGUAGAUCAGCCAUCAGCCUGUGGCAGCCAUGUUUUGGUGUCAGCUGUUUUAUUAGUGUAUUGUGCCAUUUCAUGACAAUUCAUUUCAUCAUGACAAGUUACACGAUUGAGCAGCACGUCAGAUGAUUAAACUGUAUUAUCAAAAUGAGUGUUCACUAGUUAAAACGUUACGUGCAUUGCGACCAUUUUACAGCAGACGCAUUUCAAUGUCAACUCUUCAACGUUUGGUAACUAAAUUCGAAAAGACACAGACGUCAAAGGAACAGCAGAUCUGUCGAGAACGUCACCGCUGUCCAUGAAAGUAUACAGAGGAACCCAAGGCAUUCAAUUCCUCGCCGUGCACAAGAACUCAGCCUUUCGCAAACUUCAGCUUGGAGAAUUUUGCAUAUGGAUUUAGGCCUGAAUCGGUACAAAAUCAGCUACGAAGCACAUUUCUGGAUGAAUGGCUAUGUUAACAAGCAUAAUUGCCGUAUUUGGGACAGCGCCAACCCAUAUGAGUUUCACCAGGUAGCGCGAUGCAUGCACAAAAAGUUAUUUUUUGGUGCGGAUUUUGGGCUGGCGGUGUAAUUAGUCCUUAUUAAAAAAAAAAACGGUGAUGCCAUCACUGUCAACAGCGAACACUGCAGAACAAUGAUAACGGGUUUCUUUUGGCCCAAAUUGAACGAUAUGGACGUAAACAACAUAUAGUUUCAGCAGGACAGCGCUAGGUGCCACACAACGAACGACACCAUGAAUGAUUUGAGAGUAUGGUUAUCUCUCGCAGAGGUGACGUGAAUUGGCCACCAAUAUCAUGCGAUUUUACACCUCUAAAAUUUUUAGUGGGAUAUCUGAAGUCGUUGGUCUAUGCCAAUAGGCCUCAAUCAACCGAUGAACUUAAAAUCAACAUAACCCAGGUCAUUGCUCAAAUUCAACCGGAUUUAUGCGGCAGAGUAAUUGAAAAUUGGACCACUAGAAUCCGUACCAUUGUGAGAAACCGCGGUGGACAUUUGAACGAUGUCAUAUUCCAUACAAAAUGGCAUUCAUGGGCCUUUCAUAUGAAAAAUCAAUUUUGUUAAUAUAUCAUAGAAAGCUUGUUUUAUUUCAUCAAAACAUGUACCUGCCCAAAAUGAAAAACCCUUUACUAGUUUAUUUUUUUAAAUAUAGCACAAAAAUAGGUAAAUGUUAAAAGUAAUAAGAUUUAUCCUUAAUUUGAUCACAUCAUUCAAAAUAACAAAUCUUUGAUAACAAGCACUACAGCACAUCGAACUGUGUCUAAUGUGGCUCACUAUUACGCACUUAUUUUACAGUAAAGUUUUUAGCUGUAAAACUGACUACAGUGUGUACGAGUUGGUAAUAAAUAGCUAACACCACAAUGGAAUGAUCAGCUUAUGAAGUUAUUUGUUUAGAUUAGUAAAAUAACUUAAUAACAAAACUUGUUGAAUACCCUCAUGCGUAACUGUGAGUUCAUACAUCAUAAAUUCUGUGGAGGGUGGGUUGAAUGCUACUGUAUUGUGAACUUUAUUUCAAGAGUUUUAAGUAAUGUAUAUAAAUAUGUAUCAAAAUAAAUAAAUAUAUAUGUUUUAUACAUAUCUUGAAAAGUAGUUUAAAUAAUUUGUACAUAACGAAAUAAAAAAAAAAUUAUUUAAAUGUAUUUUUGUUACAUUUGUCAUUACAAUUCUGUUUAUGGUUCAGUAAAUUAUUUAUCUUAAAAGUUAA